GGGAGGCCGAGCCUCGGCCCUACGCGCGGGUGUCAUGGCGGCGGCCGGGGCCGGGGCGGAGGCCCUCGCCGCCUGCGUCCGGGACUUUGUGUCCGGGCAGCAGGACGGCCGUGCCGCGGAGGUGGCGGCAGGGGUGAAGGAUGGAAGGUGGACAGUGCUGCAGCUUGUGGAAGCCCUGGGGUUUUGCCUGGAGAACACAGAUCCUCGGACACGAGGGCGAGGUAUCCAGCUGUUGUCACAAGUCCUGCUCCAGUGUUACUCCCUGCUCCAGGAGAAGGAAGUGCUGCAUCUGGUCCUGUUCUAUGAGAGCCGGCUGCAAGAUAAUCACCUGGUGAUUCCCUCGGUGCUCCAGGGACUCCGGGCACUGAGCAUGUGUGAAGUGCUGUCCCCAGGGCUAGCAGUGUCUGUGCUCAAAGCCAUCUUCCAGGAGGUACAUGUGCAGUCCUUGCUGCAGCUGGACCGCCACACAGUCUACAGCAUCAUCACCAAUUUCAUGAGCACCAGGGAGGAAGAGCUGAAAGGCCUGGGUGCCAACUUCACCUUCGGCUUCAUCCAGGUCAUGGAUGGGGAGAAGGAUCCCCGCAAUCUGCUGGUGGCCUUCCAGAUUGUGCAUGAUCUCAUUGCCAAGGAUUAUGCCCUGGGUCCCUUUGUGGAGGAGCUGUUUGAAGUUACAUCCUGCUACUUCCCUGUUGAUUUUACUCCGCCCCCCAAUGAUCCUCAUGGCAUCCAGAGGGAAGACCUGAUCUUGAGCCUCCGGGCCGUACUGGCCUCCACAACCCAGUUUGCUGAGUUCCUUCUCCCUCUGCUUAUUGAGAAGUUGGACUCAGAACUGCAAAGUGCCAAGCUUGACUCGCUGCAGACUCUGACUGCCUGCUGUGCCAUCUAUGGGCAGAAGGAGCUGCAGGAAUUCCUUCCCAGCCUCUGGUCAUCCCUGCGCAGAGAGGUGUUCCAGACAGCAAGCGAGAAGAUUGAGACGGAAUGCCUGGCUGCACUGCGUGCUCUCUCUGCCUGCCUCUCCCGCUCCGUGCUCAGCUCUGAUUCUGAGGAUCUGCUGGAUUCUUUCCUCAGCAGCAUCCUGCAAGAUUGCAGGCACCAUCUGUGUGAGCCUGACAUGAAGCUGGUGUGGCCCAGUGCCAAACUCCUGCAGGCAGCAGCAGGCGCCUCCCUCCGCACCUACCACUGCAUCACCCACAGCAUCCUGCCCUUGCUGCUGGAGCAGUACACCAAGCACAUGCAGAGCAGCCAGAGGAGGACAAUCCUGGAAAUGCUGCUAGGCUUCCUGGAGUUGCAGCAGAAGUGGGGACAUGUGGAAGAAGAUGAGAGCACUCUGCUGUCGCACCAAGCCCCAGUUUGUUCUGUGGUGUUCUCGGCGCUGGUGGAUCCCAGUGUGCAGCUGCAGCUGGUUGGGAUCAAGGCACUGACUGUCCUGGGCUCCCUGCAAGGCUUCCUGUCUUCCUCUGAUCUGGAGCUGGUUGUGGAUCACCUCAUCCGUCUUGCUCUGCAUGAGGAGGAUUCCCAGAGCAGUGAAGCAGCGAUGGAGGCAGCUGGGUCCUUGGCCCCCACCUACCCAAAAGUUUUCUCUGGACACAUGGUACCCAGGCUUGAAGAGAAGCUGCAGUCAGAGCGGGAGGAGAGCUACCACAAGCACCACUCCUUGCAGCAGCGCUGCCUGCAGGCCCUGGCAGCUGUGUCCACCCACACAAGCAUCGUGAAGGAGACUGUCCCCAUCCUGCUACAGCAUCUCCAGAAGGUGCAGAAAGGAACUGAGGCCAAGAACACCCAAGAUGUGAUCUCUGUGUGCCAGAGCCUGCACCAUGUGGCCCUGCAGUGUCAACAGGAUGCUGAGGGCUGCUGGUACUUCCACCAGACAGUGGUGCCAUGCCUGCUGGCCAUGGCUGUGCAGGCAGCCAUGCCAGAGAGCACCCAUACACUGCCAGGCAAGGCACUGCUGGAGGACGAGGUGCUGGCUGCCAUGAUUCCAGUCAUCAGUGCUGCCACCACUCACCUGAGCCCUGAGCUGGCUGCCCAGAGUGUGUCUCACGUGGUGCCCCUCUUUCUGGAUGGAGACGUCUCCUUCCUACCCCAAAACAGUUUUCCCUGCUCCUUCCAGCCUUUUGGGGAUGGGGAGUGCUUGGAGGCACAGAGACGCCUGGUCGCCCUCCUCAUGGCCUUCGUCUGCUCCUUGCCCCGUGAUGUGGCAAUCCCUCAGCAGGAAUGGCUGCUCCGGGAGCUGCUGGCAUUGAGCUGUUCCUGCAACUGUCCCUUCACGGCCACCACAGCUGCCAAGUGCUUUGCAGGGCUUGUGAACAAGCACCCAGCAGGGCAGCAGCUGGAUGAAAUCCUGCAGCUUGCAGUAAACAGGAUGGAGCCCAGCCUUGCGGAGGGGCCCCGCCGAAUGCAAGCACUCACCCUGCUGCUCUGGGUCACCAAAGCCCUGGUGCUGCGCUACCACCCCCUGAGUUCUUGCCUGACAGACAAGCUGCUAGGCCUGCUGGGUGACACGGAGCUGGGCCCUGCCACAGCUGAUGGCUUCUCCUUGCUCAUGGCCGAGUCCCCAGACGUGCUGCACAAGGGCUGCCAUGCUGACGUGCGCAUCAUGUUCCGCCAGCGCUUCUUCACUGACAAUGUCCCCAAGCUGGUGCGAGGCUUCCAUGGGGCUGGCCCCGAUGUGAAGGCCAAUUACCUGAAGGGCCUGUCCCAUGUGCUCAAUCACCUCCCCAAACCUGUGCUGGUGACAGAGCUGCCCACGCUGCUUUCCCUCCUGCUUGAGGCCUUGUCCUGCUCAGAUCGUGUAGUACAGCUCUCCACACUGAGCUGCCUCCACCCACUGCUGCUCGAAGCUCCUCAGAUCAUGAGUCUGCAUGUCGACACACUGGUCACCAAGUUCCUCAACCUCACCUCCAGCCCCACCAUGGCUGUCCGCAUCGCCGCCCUGCGCUGUGCCCAUGCCCUUACCAGUCUGCCCACAACAGUGAGCCCUUUCUGUCCUACAGCUGCUCCCCUACAAGGGCCGAGUUAUCCGGGCACUGGCCAAGCCUUUGGAUGACAAAAAGAGGCUGGUGCGGAAAGAAGCAGUGGCAGCACGUGGAGAAUGGUUCCUGCUUGGGAGCCCAGGCAGGUGAGCACUCUGUGUCCCCUCCCUGUGCUGACCAACAGUCUGACCAGCGCCUCGCUAAGCCACCAAGUCAUCCGACCAAAUGCCACGGACCCUCUGGAUCCUCAGAGCCCAGGACUGCCCCGAGUGUUAGGGCUGGAGCGUGCAGGACAGCAGACAGCACCCCUCACUGCACUCCCUUCCCAGCACCCACAGCAGGGAAGGAGCUAUGCUGCUUGUGGCUUGCCCACCCUCUACUGCAGCCAGGGACAGUGAUGGACAGCCCCUGCCACAUGUGAGUGGAGAGGACAGGUCUGUGCACAUGUGUGGUGUGUGACAACCCAUGUACCAGAAGAAUAAAUAUAUCUGUUUUGGUAAUGCUC